ACGUCUUCGCGAAAUGAUCAAUCCGUUAUAAGAAUCAAAAUCAAUUACCAUGAUCCGUGUAUCUACUGUGAUUAUAUUUGUAGUUUUAACAACAAUUGUUUCUUCGUCAAAAGUUAAUUCCACAGAUAAACGAAGAGAAAUAAUAGCGAAUUUACCUAAGCUGGAGGAUUUAGAGACAUAUUUGUCGGGGUUGGAAAAAGCGAUUGAGUUUUGUUUACAACAUAAACUUUAUGUGGACUUGAAUUUGGAGUUUGGGUUGUUUCUAAUGGACGUGAACUUAAAAGAUAUUUUAUUGAAGAAACGGGCCCAUAUACCAGCAAAGUAUCGCUUUCGUUUAGAACAGCUGCUAAUAAAGACAGAAGUACUGUCUGAGUAUUUUCAUUUCAUGGUCAAAAAAUUGAAAAAAGACAAAACGAAAUAUCCUCAGCACGCUCAGGAUAUAAAAAUAACUGAGAUGUUUUGGAACAAGACCACGUGGUCUGUACCUUCAGUACCGUUCAAUAUAGAACUGUUGAAACAAACGAAGAUCUACACUGCCGAGCAGUUGGAGAAAAUAUACGGCAAAUGGGAUACUUAUGUCGCUAAUAUCAAUGACUUUGAAAAAUAUACGCCUACCCCAAUGGAAUCAGAUGGUUGCUUAGAAAACAUAGCUCGCGUUCCUGCACAUCGUUCAAGAAGAAUUAUGCCGAGUUGCUUAACCCACCCCCGGUGCAAAGUCACUUUGACGAAAGGCAGCGACUUCGGCUAUGGUUUGUCACAUAGAAUUUUGUUUAUGGCGGCCGCUCGUUUUUCCCGAAGGUGUACGGUAUUUUCCGAAGAAGAGGACAAGCAAAUAAUGGAUAAAUUCUGUAUGAGGUCUUUCAAUGAAGCUCAGUACAUUGCAUCUAACAGCUUUCUAGUGCCAGAUCUCAUGCUUGAACAGAUAGCCCUCUGCGGCCUGUUUGGGCACGUUCAAUUUUUCCACAACAGAUGGUUAAAAAGCCUCAUGCAAUUCCAAACGGCAGUAGGAUGUUACUCGGAGAAGAUUGGAGAAGAUUCUUUCCAAUCAACUGAUGUUAAAGAAGAUGAAAAGGAGGAGUGGACUAUUGCAAAUAGUAAUCCUGUCAUGAAUGGACAAUGCAACCCGCAUCUUACCGCAGUGGCUGCCGCGUCACUCAGUCAAGCCGUCAGAUAUAUUUUAGAAACAUACUUUUGAAUGAAACGAAGUACUUUCAUUGUGAUCUCAGGAUAUAGCCGGCUAAAUUCAUUUUUUUUCAGUUUAUAAACGCUUAACAAA